UCGUUUACCGCUGACCAUAUCCUGCAUCCCAAACCCAAACCCACUCUUCUCUCUAGAGAGAGAAAAAACCUCUCUUUUCCCACCAUCAAGAUCUCCGAUCAUGUCGCCAUUCACCCUACUCCUCCUAAUCUUCACCAUUUCUUCACUAUUCAAUCACCCUCCUGUAUCAUCCUCAUCACCACCCUAUUUUUCUCCGGUCAACCAUGAUCCAACCCCCAUCAUUCUCCGCCCAUCACCCGCCGGCAACAACCGCCACACAAUGUUUCUUCCUCUUUUCCCCUCUCCCCUUAACUCUUCUCGGAUCUCCGCCGAUUCCAAAUCUCGCCGUCAACUCCAGAAAUCCGACACUCAUCGUUCUAAUGCUCGCAUGGCUCUUCAUGACGAUCUCCUCCUCAACGGGUAUUACACCACGCGACUGUGGAUUGGAUCACCGCCACAGAGAUUUGCCCUAAUUGUUGACACUGGGAGUACUGUUACCUAUGUUCCUUGUUCUACCUGUGAACAAUGUGGCAAGCAUCAGGACCCGAGGUUUGACCCGGAGUUAUCAGACACCUACAAGCCUGUUAAAUGCAAUAUCGAUUGCACUUGUGACAAUAACAGGGAACAAUGCAUCUACGAAAGGCAAUAUGCCGAAAUGAGUUCCAGCAGUGGUGUUCUUGGUGACGAUAUCGUAUCUUUUGGCAACCAAAGCGAUCUGCCACCUCAGCGUGCUGUUUUCGGGUGUGAAAAUAGGGAAACUGGUGAUCUGUACAGUCAGCAUGCUGAUGGAAUAAUGGGGUUGGGCCGUGGUGAUUUGAGUAUAGUCGAUCAACUUGUUGAAAGUGGUGUUAUAAGCGAUUCGUUUUCGUUGUGUUACGGUGGAAUGGAUGUUGGUGGCGGUGCUAUGGUUCUUGGUGGAAUCUCUCCUCCUAAAGAGAUGGUGUAUUCUCAUUCGGACCCCGUUCGCAGCCCAUAUUACAAUAUUGAGUUGAAGGAAAUACAUGUUGCGGGGAAGCGGUUGCCGUUAAGCUCAAGUGUUUUUGAUGGAAAGCAUGGGACGGUUCUAGACAGCGGUACAACUUAUGCUUACCUGCCUGAAGCUGCCUUUGUGGCGUUUAAGGAUGCUGUCAUGAAAGAAGUCAUUGGUCUCCAUCAGAUUAAAGGUCCCGAUCCAAGUUAUAAUGAUAUUUGCUUCGCGGGUGCUGGAAGUGACGUUUCACAACUCUCAAAAACCUUCCCUACUGUUGAAAUGGUUUUCGGGAAGGGACAAAAGUUGUCACUCUCUCCGGAGAACUACUUGUUCAGGCACGCAAAGGUUAGUGGAGCAUAUUGCUUGGGGGUUUUUCAGAACGCAAAUGAUCCAACCACUCUUUUAGGAGGCAUUAUUGUUCGUAACACAUUUGUCAUGUAUGACCGUGAACAUGAAAAGAUUGGAUUUUGGAAAACUAACUGUUCUCAUGUAUGGGAAACACUUCAUGUUUCUGGAGCGGCCCCACAGGCCUCUCCUCCAUCAGAUGGAUCAAAGACCGCUGCCGAUAUCUCUCCUUCUUUGCCUCCAAUGAUGCCCCCACAAUAUAUCCUUCCAGGAGAAACAGAAAUCGGAAGUAUUACAUUUUAUUUGUCAGUGUCUCUUAACGACACUGAUGACGAUGUGAAGUCGCAAAUCACCGAGCUUGCUCCACUAAUUGCUCAGGAGUUGCAUGUUAACAGUUCACAGGUUCACUUGCUGAAUUAUACAUCUGAAGGAAAUGAUUAUGUUACUGAAUGGUCCAUUACUCCACCCAAUUCUGCUUACUUUAUAUCUAAAGCAAAUGCAUCGAACAUUAUUUCUCGAAUAGCUGAAAAUGACAUACACCUUCCCGAGUCAUACGGAAAAUAUCAGCUAUCCAAUUGGCAAAUUCACCCCCCAACAAAAAGAAGCUGGUGGCAGAAAAGUUAUUUGGUUGCAGCGGUAGCGUCAAUGUUAGCGUUACUGGUAGCAUUAUCAGGUGUGGGAAUAUGGUGGUUUUUGAGACGAAAGCAACAAUCAAGUUUACAAUAUAAGCCGGUGGACUCCAUGGUUGUGCCUGAGCAAGAACUUCAGCCACUGUGAUUUCUAGUAUAAAUCCAUUGGUGCCACAAUGUGUGGUCAUGAUUUAUUGAGCCGUUGUGAUGGAUGGAUUUUAGUGCAAAUGUACACACCAACCUGAACUAUUUUAUGUUCAGGUAAAAACAUACAGAAGAUCUUUUAUGCAUUGUUUAUAAAGGGAAAAGUUCACAUCUUACAGUAGUUGUCUUGAGACAUAAUUUGUAUGUGUACAACAUUUUUAGGUCAAACUUUAAGCCAAAGUUCACAGUUUUUUUUUUUUUUUUUGGUGUUUAUGUUAACAGGGUUCUUAAUUGUUUGAAUUUGAUU